GAUAACUGACGCACUUUUUCAAUUUUCGAUGUCGGUGUAGGCAGAGCAGACGUUGGCAAAUUGACGCCGUCGGAUUAGUCGCACGUAUUGGACGCUAAAGCCAAUAUAACUCACGAUGAAGGAACUACAUCUGGUACAUUAGAUAAAUUGGAUUUUCCUAAAUUAUGUGUACAGAUAUAGAUAAAAUAAUAAAGGAAGUGGAAAAUGAAAUAAAUGAGCUAACAAUGUCAACAUCUUUGCAACGAAUGAAACAUACCUGUGAUCCCGGAGACUGUUCAUGUUUAAAUUCACCAAACGUAACCACCAACACUAAAAAAAGCCUUUAUAUUAAUUUAAGAAACGAAAACCGCAAACCAAAAGAAUUCAAACGAGACAUAAUCGAUCAAAGAGGUGAAAAAAUGUCUCAAAAUGUCAAUAAUAAAUUUUGUAUUAGAGGUAGUUCUGCAAUCGGAAAAUGUAAUAGUAUGUUAUCGCCUGUAUCCAAGAAAAUGUCACCAGCGAGGAAGGUGUCGAAAAAGUCACCUUCCAUGACCAAAAAGGAUUCGGCCAUGAUAGAUUUGCCAAAAAAUCCCAAACGUAAAUAUACCACAGUGACCAAAAGCAAACUGUUAUCGAAGCAAAAUUUGGAAUUUUUCAAUCCGGACAACUCCAUCAAUUCUGAACUGGAUAACUCUAAAAGAAGCAGCCAACAAGAUGAGUUCGUAACUGAUUCUCAAGCACUCGUACAAAAAACACUUAUCGAACAGCUGAACAAACAAGUAACAUCCCUCAAAACCGAAAACGAACAACUAGAAGAAAAGUACAAUAAUAAAGAAACGGAAUACCAAAACGUGGUGAAAGACUUGAAGAAACUGAACGGCCUGCUCAACAUCUACGACGAAAAGGUCGGCCUGCUACACGAAAAAGCCCUAAUAUCCUCCAACGUAAUGAACUACAGCAAAGACAAAUUCGCCAAGUGCAUCCAGGAAAAAGACAGGCAAAUCUCCCAAAUAAUGGAGUCGAUGAAACAGCUAGAAACUGAUAUUACUGAGAAAAGUACGCUCGUCGCAGAACUGACUAAAAAAUGUCAAGAGUUGGAGGAGUUUCGCCACACCUCAGAAUAUCAAAUCAAUGCGGAAUGUGAGGCUCUGAAAAACUCCAACGAGGCCUACGCCAAAUGCGUGCAAGAACUACAAAGCAAACUAAACGAAACGUACGACGAAAAUCAACAACUUAAAACCAAAAUCAAGGAAUACACCAAAGAAAUCAAAUCUCUGGAAGGAAGCUUGUUGGAAAAGUGUAAUUGUCUUAAUAAGUACGAACCGGAGUUGGAGAAGUUGAGGGAGAACGAGACACGUUUAUCGGAAGAAGUGUUGUAUCUCACCAAGAGAAUUGGAGACGUGGAAGCUGAAAAGUUGGAAAAAGAAGUGACCAGUCAGUGUGAGUAUAAUCGUCUCAAACGCGAUUACGACGCACUGAACAAAAAGUAUAAGGAGUUGCUGUCAAAGUACCAACAAUACGAGGAAUGUGCCAAAAAGUGUGAGAAAUUGGAACGACAGUGUGCAAAAGUAAACAGCACCAUGGCUGAAAAAGAGAAUACUUUCCAAAACGAAAGAAUGGAACUAAAAAAUCUAGUAGAUCAACUUACGGGCAUUGUCGAACAAAACAAACACACUCUACUUCAUCUGACCGAAGUCAACAAGCAGCAAGAGAAUCGACUGAAGACUCAAGACGAAACACUUCAAAUUAAGGAGAAACGUAUUCUGGAAGCGGAAAGCGAUGUUGAAAUGAUGAGGAAGAGGAGCGGCGAACUUGAAAAGGAAAUGGAGGAACUGAGGAAGACUUUAACUUUGGGAAAUGGCGACCUCCAAUGCAACGACAUGAGAUUAAGAAUUAUGGAACUGAUGGAUAAGCUUUCACAACAAGAUGACACAUUGAAUGAAAGAAACAAAGUAAUCGAAGACCAAAUAAAGACAAUUGAAAACUUGCAAAAGAGAAUUAAGGAACAUAGUACUGAAAGCAAAAAAUCGAUGGAAAUUGCCAACGCAUCAGUGGCAGAAAUCUAUGAUUUGAACGAAGAAUUAAGGAAAAACAAACGACAAUUGGAAAUAGAAACUAAAGAACGAAUGGAAUUGAUAGACAAGUUAAAGAAAAUCGAACAUCAGAAAAACAAAUUGUCAUAUGAGAUGGAACAAUUGGAGGGUUUUAUAAAAGACAACAGAGACAUACUGUCCAAAACCAACCCAAUUCACAUAGACGAGUUGCAAUUACAAUUAAACUCUUUACAAAGAGAAUGGGAAACGGAGAAGCUGAUUCUGCAUAAAGAAAAAAUGCAGGCUACGAAUGCAGCCAAGUUUGCGACUCAGAGAUUAGUAGAGACGGUGUCAGAUUUUCAGCAGCAAAUCUGCGCACAGAAAAGAGUUCAGGCAAUGUUGACGAACAUGUUGCACAAAAAGGAAGAGCAACUGAUGCUUGUAACGUCCAAGAUGUCUUCGAUUAACGCGAUUACGGCCGAAAAUCCGGAAAUACCGUUGCAGGAGAUUUUCCAAUGUCCUGGACAAGCGUGCAACAGCGCGAGCAAUUCCACGUCGUUUUAUUCAUCAGGAGCAACGUUGCAAAACAACCCCAACAAUUUGAAACUCAAAAAUUGUCUAUACAGAUAAAUUUGAACAUUUUUGGCAUAUUGUGUAAUUACAAAAUUAGUCCUCUUGUAAGGAAAAGUAAAUUUAAUAUACUGUUCUAUAUUUAGGUUUAUUUACAAGAAAUUUUAAUAAACAAUUUUUAACUGA